AUGUCAUCACUUUCAUUAUUCAGAUCUUCAAAUAUAUCACUUUUAUUAUUCAGACCUUCAAAUAUAUCACUUUCAUUAUUCAGACCUUCAAAUAUAUCACUUUUAUUAUUCAGGCCUUCAAAUAUAUCACUUUUAUUAUUCAGGCCAUUAAAUAUAUCACUUUUAUUAUUCAGACCUUCAAAUAUAUCACUUUCAUUAUUCAGACCUUCAAAUAUAUCACUUUUAUUAUUCAGACCUUCAAAUAUAUCACUUUCAUUAUUCAGACCUUCAAAUAUAUCACUUUCAUUAUUCAGAUCUUCAAAUAUAACACUUUCAUUAUUCAGAUCUUCAAAUAUAUCACUUUCAUUAUUCAGAUCUUCAAAUAUAUCACUUUCAUUAUUUAGACCUUCAAAUAUAUCACUAUCAUUAUUCAGACCUUCAAAUAUAUCUCUUUUAUUAUUCAGACCUUCAAAUAUAUCACUUUCAUUAUUCAGGCCAUUAAAUAUAUCACUUUCAUUAUUCAGACCUUCAAAUAUAUCACUUUCAUUAUUCAGACCUUCAAAUAUAUCACUUUCAUUAUUCAGACUUUCAAAUAUAUCACAAAUAUAUCAUCACUUUCAUUAUUUAGACCUUCAAACAUAUCACUUUUAUUAUUCAGACCUUCAAAUAUGUACCAGAUUAACAGGUUCAGGUAAAGUACCAGAUUAA